CCGCCAACCACAUUUUGGACACUACCCCUCGCUCGCUCUUCGCGUCACCGUUGGCUCAGUAGCCAACCCGGUCUCAGCCCGGCAACGACCGAUCGAUUUUGCAGUGUCUGCUCGCAUCAUGGGUGGACUGUUCAGCAAGAGCUUGUCAGUCGAUGCGCUGUCCAAUGAGCCGUACAACCAGGCGCACAUGUUUGAGGGCCUCUCGGAGGAUCAGAAACAGCAGGUGGCUGCCGAUCUCAGCGAGAUGGAUGCCAAGCUUCCGGGUGGCGGAUUGAAAGGGUAUUUGGAGAGGGCUCGAGGACUUUUGCGGGACGCCAAGGCGGACAAGAACCCUUUUGAAGGAUUGACGCCUCAGGUGCCCCAGGGCGAGCGCUUAAUAGGCCCGGAGUCGGGUCCAGGCUCCAAGGCCUACGCCGACUUCGAAGUCAAAGGCAUGGCGCUACUGGCGAAGACCUGCUUUUGCUUGGUGGCUGGUGGUUUGGGUGAGCGCUUAGGCUACCCUGGCAUCAAGAUCGGUAUCACGGCUGAGCUCACCUCGGGCAUGACUUUCAUGGAACUCUACGCCCGUUCCAUCCUGGCCUUCCAGAAAUACGCGCGCAAGAGCAGCGGAAACGCAGCGUUGGAGCUGCCCUUGGCCAUUAUGACAUCUGGAGAUACCAACGCCAAGACGUUGGAACUUCUGGAAGCCAAUGCCUAUUUUGGGCUCAGCAAGAGCCAGGUGACCAUCAUGAAGCAGGAGCUGGUGCCAGCGUUGAUGGACAUCGAUGCCAAAAUCGCGGUGAAGGAUGGCAAGGUGGAGAAGAAGCCCCACGGCCACGGCGACGUGCACGCCUUGCUGCAUCAGCAUGGGCUGCCACAGAAAUGGACCAGUGAAGGCAGAGAGUGGUUGUUGCUCUUCCAAGACACCAAUCCCCUGCCCUUCCGAAGUUUGUGCGCCAUCCUGGGCGUCUCCGCGGCCCGGAGCUUCGUGAUGAACUCCGUGACGGUGCCGCGGCUGCCGGCCGAGGCCGUGGGCGGCAUCUGCAAACUCACCGAUUCGCAAGGUGAAGGUAUGACGAUCAACGUGGAGUACAACCAGCUGGAUCCCCUUUUGAAGACCACCCCGGCGGGCGGCGAUGUGGCGGACAGCACUGGGUUCUCGCCAUAUCCAGGGAACAUCAACGUCCUGGUCUUCCGCGUGCCCGAGAUGGCGGAGCGCCUGGCGGCAACGGGUGGCAUCGUGCCGGAGUUUGUGAAUCCCAAAUGGGCCGACGCCGAGAAAAGUAAGUUCAAGUCGCCCACCAGAUUGGAGUCAUUGAUGCAGGACUUCCCAAGACUUUGCAAAAAGGAGGAUCAGUUGGGCUUCACCCAGUUGGAACGACGCAUGAGCUUCACCUGUGUGAAGAAUAAUUUGGCGGAUGCUGCCAAGAAGAACCCACCGGACUGCGCGCUUUCGGCCGAGGCUGACAUCUACGCCUGCAAUGCGCGAUUGCUGGAACUGGCAGGAGAAGGAAAGGUGUCCAUCGGGUCACCUAGCAAGGUGAGUUUCCUGGGUAUUUCUGCUGACAUCGGCGCACGGAUCAUUCUGGCCCCAAGCUUUGGCAUUUCAUUGGAAGAUAUGAAGACCAAGAUCAAGGGGAAGGUCACCAUUUCCGGCAAGUCUGAGUUGCUGAUUGAUGGCGAUGUGACCCUGAACGAUUUGGAGCUGGAUGGCUGCCUGCGAAUCUCCGCAGAUGGGCAGCUUCCAAAGAAAGUGGUCAGGAAUGAUGGUUCCAAGUUGGAGAAGAUUCCGGACUCAGAACUGAAAUCAGAAGAACCGUCCCUUCAAAUCCGCGGCUACCGACGUGUUGUGGUGACAGAGGAGGAAGUCAAGACCCUUUAA